AUGGCCUCUGAGAUCACUGCCCUCGUGGUGGACAACGGCAGCGGCAUGUGCAAGGCUGGCUUCUCAGGAGCCGAUGCGCCGAGGACCGUCUUUCCAUCGAUCGUGGGUCGACCCAAGAUGCCCAGCAUCAUGGUGGGGAUGGAUACUCGCGACAGCUACGUAGGUGAUGAGGCCAUGAGCAAGCGUGGCAUCCUCUCUCUGAGGUACCCCAUCGAGCACGGGAUGGUGACCAACUGGGAGGACAUGGAGAAGAUCUGGCACCACACGUUCUACAACGAGCUUCGGGUGAACCCCGACGAGUAUCCUGUCCUGUUGACCGAAGCACCAUUGAAUCCCAAGGCAAAUCGAGAGCGCAUGACGCAGAUCAUGUUCGAGACCUUCAAUGUGCCGGCUGUGUACGUCGCUAUCCAGGCUGUGCUGUCGCUGUACGCCUCCGGGCGCACUACCGGGAUCGUGAUGGACUCGGGCGACGGCGUGUCCCACACCGUCCCAGUGUACGAGGGGUUCGCCUUGCCGCACGCCAUCGAGCGCCUGGACCUGGCCGGUCGGGACCUCACCGAGUACCUGACCAAGAUCCUCACCGAGCGCGGCUACUCGUUCACGAGCUCGGCCGAGAAGGAGAUCAUCCGGGACGUGAAGGAGAAGCUCUGCUACGUAGCCAUGGACUUCGACGCCGAGCUCAAGGCGGCCACCGAGAGCUCGGACCGGGAGAGGACCUACGAGCUCCCCGACGGCAUCCUCAUCGCUGUGGGCAGCGAGCGCUUCCGGUGCGCAGAGGUCCUUUUCCAGCCGAGCUUGGUCGGCAAGGAGGCGAGCGGGGUUCACGAGGCCACCUUCAGGUCCAUCAUGCAGUGCGACAUCGAUGUGCGCAGGGCACUGUAUGCGAACGUGGUGCUCUCCGGGGGGACCAGCAUGUUCCCGGGCAUGGGGGAGCGGAUGACGAGGGAGCUGAGCGCUCUGGCGCCACCCACGAUGAAGGUCAAGGUCAUCGCGCCGCCGGAGCGAAAAUAUUCCGUGUGGAUCGGAGGCUCGAUCUUGUCCUCCCUGAGCACCUUCCAGCAGAUGUGGGUCUCGAGGGAGGAGUACGACGAGUCUGGGCCCGGCAUCGUGCACCGCAAGUGCUUCUGA